AUGAGCUCCAACGUCAGUGAGAUCAACAUGCUGUCGUGUUAUGAAUCCAUAAGUGGGUCCUGUCGGAGAGAACUUCUAACAUUCAGCGUUCGUUUUCCAAUGUACACAUUCAUGGUGCUAGCAAUACUGGUCACAGUGUGUGGGAACCUGUUGGUCAUCACUUCAAUAGCUCAUUUUAAGCAGCUUCACACAUCUACAAAUUAUCUUGUCCUCUCGCUGGCAGUAUGUGACUUUCUCCUGGGAGGAUUUAUAAUGCCCUGCAGCGCCAUCCGAUCAGUGGAAGGCUGCUGGUAUCUCGGUGACUUAUUUUGUAAAAUCCACACCAGCACUGACAUCAUGCUCAGCACAGCUUCCAUUUUCCACCUGUCUUUCAUCUCUAUUGAUCGCUACUUUGCUGUGUGCAAACCGCUGAGAUACAGAACCAAAAUUACACCUGUUACCAUACGCAUCAUGAUUAUCAUCAGCUGGGUGGUUCCUGGAAUUUUUGCCUUUGGAAUGGUUUUUCUAAACCUCAGUAUAAAAGGCAUAGAGGAUUUUUAUUAUGAGCAGAUUUACUGUGUUGGAGGCUGCUUUGUGAUUUUCAGUAAAGCUUCAGGAGUGAUCUCCUCUAUGAUAUCCUUCUUCAUCCCAGGUUUUAUCAUGUUGGGCAUUUACCUAAAAGUUUAUCUUGUAGCCAGAAAACAGGCCAGAUCCAUUAAAGAUGUCUUACACCAAUUUCACACUGCUACUGGAAUUUCAAGGCAAAGGGAAAGAAAAGCAGCCAAAACCUUAGGGAUUGUGAUGGGGGUCUUUCUCAUCUGCUGGUCUCCAUUUUUUGUGUGCAACAUCAUGGAUCCCUUUAUUAAUUACUCAACUCCACCAAUGUUGGUAGAUGCUCUAGUUUGGUUUGGUUACUUGAACUCUACAUUUAACCCCCUUGUGUAUGCUUUUUUUUAUACCUGGUUCAGGAAAGCAUUAAAGAUUAUUAUGCGUGGUCAAAUAUUUAAAAUAAAUUCUUCUCGGACUAAGUUAUUUGCAGAUUGA